AUGCGGGACAUCGCCGGGAAGAGGAAGCGCCUUUCCUUUGCCUCCUCGGCCACCUCGCGGCGCCCCGUGGCUUCUCCAGACGGAGAAAGCGGCGCGGUGCAUGCCCGAGCCACGUGGAAUUCUGCCUUUCUGCCCUGGGUUCGCUUUUCCGAGAGAAGGCUGUUCUCUUUCGGCCCAUCUCUCUGCGCCUCUCCGACCCGCUACGAUCAACUCGUUGCCGCCUUCAAAGCGAGACACAAGGGCCGAAAAGACAAGGAAAAAAGGAAAGUCUCCGAAGGCCUUCUUCUCUCUCUCGCGACCGUGGCCCAUGGUGGCACGGCAGCUGUCAAUCGAUUUCUUCUUGCCCCUUUUGAUCAAGUAAAAAUUCUUCGCCAGGUCACACCUCUUCCUCAGUCUUCUCCUUCUCCGCCUUCUUCUCUUUCGUCCUACUCUUCCGCUUCUCUUUCCUAUUCUCCUUCUUCAUCUCCCCCUUCCUCUCCUUCCCCUUCCUCUCCUUCCCCUUCCUCUCCUUCGUCUUCAAUUUCCCCUUCUGUGUCUCGCUUCUCGUCAUCUGUAACUUCUCCUUCUCUCUCUUCGAGUUCCGCCAGUUCGUCUCGGAUCGUCCCGUCCUCCUCUGGUGGCGAAGUUCCCUCGCCGCGUUCUUCUUCGUUGCCUUGCUGUUCGUCUUCUCCAGCCUCGUCUUCUGUUUCUUCCGCUUCCUCACAAGCAGCUGCGCUUGCUUCUGCAAAAUCUUCUUCGACAGUAAACAGAGGGACUCCAUCCCCGCCCGCGUCUCCCGCCUCUCCGACUUGUCCGUCCGCUGUGCGUUCUUCCUCACUCAAUUCAUCGUCUUUUUCUGCGUCAAGUUCCUCGCCGAGAGGCGCCUGUUCGGGCUCGGCUGUGCAUACACCCGCAGCGCCGUCCGGCGGCCCUUCGGUUUCUCGUUUCUUGUUUUUUUCUUCUUUUUGGUGGGGAUGUAGUGCGCCCGUCUGUGCCUCCAUUGCUGCUUCCUCGAUUCGUCUUGCGCUCUAUCAAAGAACCAGGUUGGGUGUAUGUCCCUCUGCGCGUUCGCCGCGCUCGCCGUCUGCUAUCCGCUCGACGUCGCCCACACGGCCGCGUGCGUUCUCGCCUCGUCCGUUUGCGUCAUGUCUUUCCCUUUGGCCUUUCAGGCUUCCGCCUCCUCUACAGCGGAUUCGGCUUAUGUGUGGUGACCCUCGUGCCGUUCACCUUUCUCACCGGGAAAAGCGAGAUGAAGACAAGAACGAGGAAGGCGUAUGCAAAUCGGAGACAAGAGAAACAGAAGCGAGGGAGGACAGGCAAGACGAGGAAGAGGGAAGACGAGGGAGAAAGGCUCGAGGCGAGAAAGGAGAGAGAGAAGCGUGUGAAGAGCAGUGUGGCGAGAAACAAUGUGAGGGAGGCGAAGAGAAACAGGAAAGACAGGAGCUGCCGAGAUGGAGAGAGGCGGCGACGGCAGCCUUUGCCGCGGGUCUCUGCGCACAGCUGGCGACGCGUUGUGAGGGAGAUACAAAGGGUAGAAAGGACGAACAGGUGAUCCUGCGUUGUAUGUCAACAGCGAUGUUUCGUUUUUUUCUCGGUUGCAGGCGCAGGCAACAGUAUGUCGCUAUUUGCAGGGCGCUGUCUCCUACAACGGCGCCUGUCUCUCCCUCCUCUUCUGCGGUGUCUAUCCACUCCACGACGCGCGUCUCGCCUUUCUGCCAUCUGUUCGGCUUUUCACGCGCCUCCCGGUUCUUUCCAAAACCCUGCGCUGGCGUGUUUCGAGGCGUGGGCGUCUUGCUCGCACGAGCCCUUCCAGAGUGCGCGAUCUCCGUCUCCGUUUACUCGUUCCUCAUGGGGCGCCUUCCUUCUUUCGCCUAUCACUGA